AUGGAUAGUACAGAAAUGGAGGAGGAACCCCUCUUGCUCAACCAUGUGAAAAAACAAUUAGAUCAGCUGCCAAUUAUUUGUAAUAUGGUUCAACAAAAUUUGCAAAAAGAACAACAAAAACAGAAAGAUCGACAUGAUGAAAAAUUAAAGAAAAUU